AAAAAAUCCCAAACAAUCAAAGAUAAGGCCUUUAAAAACAUCUAAAAAUACAUAAAAAAGGAUCACAUACUCUCCUAAACUUUUUUUUUCGUUUUAGAAAGGUGCAAAAAAUUAGCCUUGGGGCCAAAAUCUCGACGUGACCAUAACCCGAGACCGUUAUUAGAAUUAUUACACCGAGAAAUCGCCUCACAAUUUGAUCGUCUCUUUCAAUAAACUUUAAAACGUGCCAAGAAAUUUCUGUAAACUUUUCAAAAUUGGCUGAAGCCUCUAACAAUAAGUGAUACUUUUUUAAAUUCAUAUGCACGUACAAAAAAGCGAUCUCCAAUUGAAACCAAUUUAACCCUAACUUUUCCUUUUAAUUGGCUCAAGAUAUUGUUAAAUUAUUGUGACGUUAUUUGUUUCGAUUACGAAACAACUUGCGGUACAAUUGGUUUGAGUGUUAUUAAUCGUUGCGUGAGAGAAUCUAAAAUUUUUUUUAUUAUUUUCUGAACAACACGGCGUGUUUUAUGAGGUUUUUUUAUACAUCUAACAGAAAUUAACAGUAAAAAAACGUAAGUAAAAUUAAACAAUUUUUCCCAAAAACAUUAAAAAUAGCAACAAAAUUUACAACUUUCACUUUAGAAAUAAAAGAUUAACUUUCACACAAUUCGCUCACAUUGUUGAAAGGUUUUGCGAAAAAAGAAACAAUUUUUCGCGCGUCAUUCUCCUUAAAAUUUCAUUUAUAAAUAUAUUCAAAACGUUAACGCCUCAUUAUUUAUCCAUCAGAUUUAUUGAAUUUGGAUUGAAACAAGAAGUAAGUUUGCUUUUAUAAUCAGCAAGAUGGAAAUUAAAGAUUUAGAAUCGAAUUUGGUCAACGGAGAAGUUAAAACGUAUGUUUUUAACGUUGAGAAACCACCUCAAAUGGAUAAUGUUAAGAAUACAUUUUGGAAAAUAUUUCCAUCUUUACUCGUUUCCCUACCAUGUUUAUCAUUCGGAUUAAUGUUAGGAUGGCCAUCACCAACAUUUCCAAAUUUACUCCAAGAAUCAGCCCCAAUUAAAAUAACCUGGGAUCAAACGGCUUUAAUCGCAGGAUUUUUAAUGAUCGGAAACUUGUUUGGAACAACAUUUUCUUGGGUAAAACCGUUCGGAUUAAAAUACGGGAUAUUGGUCUCAACGUUUCCCAUCAUAAUCGGUUGGCUAAUAAUCUGGAAAUCAUUCGACGUCAUUUAUAUUUUAAUCGGACGAUUUUUAAUUGGGUUCGGAAACGGUUACGUGACUCCCCACAUCUCUGAAUACAUCAACGAUUCAACCGAAAAUGUAAUUCGGUUGGUUUUAUUAAAGUUUACUUAUUUCUUCAUCAUGUUAGGGGUUUGUUUAACGUAUUGUGUGGGGCCGUUUUUAGAUUUCCGGAUAUUUUCUUUAUCGGCGUUCAUUUUGAGUGUAAUCAUAUCGAUUAUUUUGAUGUUUAUCCCCUAUUCACCGAGCGAAUUAUUCAAUUUAAAUAAACCAGAGAAAGGUGAGAAAAGAUUAAGUUGUUUGAGGCCAAAUACGGAUGUUGAAUCGUUUAAGAAUAACUUAGAGAAUCAAAGUAAUGAGUUAGGCUUAAUCGACAUGGUGAAAAAUAAAUAUUACUUAAAAACGAUUCCCAUUUUAUUAAUUUUAGUUAUUUUCCAACAAUUUACUGGUCCUCCUCCGGUUUUAGUUUAUUCAAACAUAAUUUUCGAUAAAUUCGGGUGUCACAACCCUGAAUUAUACGCGAUCGUUUAUAUUUUUUUUUAUAUGAUUUCAAUCAUAUUUACCUCAUUUUACUCGCAUAAAAUCCACGUUAAAUAUUCUUUACUUUCAACUUGUUUCAUUUCAACCAUUUUAAUGUCCGCGAAUGCUUAUUUAAACCAUUUUUACCCACAACCAUCUUGGGCUUACGUCAAAUCAUUAAUUUUAGUUAUUUACAUUUUUAUUCACACCUUCGGAAUGGGUUUUAUCCCAUCGAUUAUGGCCCCGAAAUUCUUUGAACUCAACUCGAUUAAAUCAAUAAAUCGAAUACAAGUCGGUUUACAUUGCAUUUGCGCUAUCGUUUCGACGAAAUUGUUCCAAGUAAUUAUUACUUAUCACGCAUUUUAUUUGGGAUUCGUUUAUUUAGCCGCAAUUGCUGGGUUCGGCACAAUUUUUAUUUUAAUGUUUGUACCAAGCGAAUUUAAAAAAUGAAAUUAAUCUUACUUAUAUUAUCUCCUGUUUUUAGAUUUACGUACAUUUUGAUUUAACGAUUUCUGUGAUGAAAUGUACCUCAUUUUUCUUUUAAUAAUUUUUAGGUCAAAAAUUUAAUUUUAAUUUAGAAAAUAAGGGCAUGUAUUAUAUCUUAGUACAAAAUAAAUUGUUAUUAUUACGUAAAGCA